AUGGCAACAGCCCGAGUCUCCCUGCCUCGUUCUGCCGGUUCUGCCGGUUCUGAUGGUCCCGUGACGCCCGGCCUGGACCUGGAGGACUAUUCUCUCUACAGUAACCUGUCUGAUGAUGAGCUGAUCCAGCUCGCCAUCGAGCGCAGUCUGACCGAAAACCAGGGCUCCGCCCCUCCUGCUGAGCACCUCACAGGCAGCCCGAGAGCGCCCCACCCCCCUGCCGCAAACUACAACUCCCAGAAUCCCCCUGCUGCACACUUCAGCUCCCAGAAUCCCCCUGCCGCACACUCCAGCUCCCAGAAUCCCCCUGCCGCACACUCCAGCUCCCAGAAUCCCCCUGCCGCACACUCCAGCUCCCAGAAUCCCCCUGCCGCAAACUCCAGCUCCCAGAAUCCCCCUGCCGCACACUCCAGCUCCCAGAAUCCUCCUGCUGUACACUACAGCUCCCAUAAUCCUCCUCCAGGCAUGAGCAGCUGGCACUUCAGUUCCCACAAUCCUCCGAGUGAAAAGCCUCCUGACCUGAAGGACUUCAAAGGGACGGUCAGUCGCUUCAUGACUGGUUAUGGGAAACGCAUGGUGGCGUAUCGCAGCGUCGACGGGACUCUGGUCCACAUCUGCCCAGAAACUGAAGAGAAGGAGGAGCCUCUGUUCGAGGCAAUAAAGUCGGGCGAUGCCAGCAGGGUGAAGGCCCUGGCCGGCCUGACCAGCACCAACCUGAUGAUGCCCAGCAAACCCGGCUGGCUGGCACUGCACCAGGCCGCCUUCUACGGCCAGGAGGCCUGCCUGCGUGUCCUGCUGGCAGCCAAACCGGGGAUGAUCAAUAAGAAAACCGGGAAGGACCAGACGGCGCUGCUCAUCGCCGUCAGCAGGGAUCACGUGGGCUGCGCCACCGCGCUGCUGCAGGACGGCGCUGACCCCGACCUGAUGAACAAAGACGGCGAGACGCCGCUGUACAAAGCAUGUGAGCGGGACAAUCCGGAGAUGGUGGCCCUGCUGCUGAACCACGGAGCCGCCGUGAACAUGCACUGCGUCCUGGGCUGGACAGCGCUGCAGGAGGCCGUGUGCCGCAACAACAUCGAGAUCUGUGAGAUGCUGGUGAGGGCCGGUGCCAAGCUAAGUCUCGCCAACAAUUAUGGAAUCAUGCCGCUGUUCACUGCAGCUCAGAGCGGCCAGCUGGAGGCGCUGCGCUUCCUCCUCAAACAUGGUGCAGACAUUAACAGCCAGGCCACCGACGGGGCCACAGCUCUCUAUGAAGCUACUAAAAAUGGACACGUGGAGAUCGUGGAGUUCCUUCUCUCCCAGAACGCCGACGCCAACAAACCUGGCAAGACGGGAUUAUUGCCACUUCACAUCGCCGCCCAGCGAGGAACUGAUAUAAUCGUGUCUCUUCUGAUCCCGGCGACCAGCAAGGCCCGGGUCAGGCGGAGCGGCAUCAGCCCCCUCCACCUGGCUGCCGAGCACAACCGGGACGAGGUGCUGGAGGUUCUGAUUGAGGCGGGUUUCGACAUCAACGCCAAGCUAUCCGAGCAGCGCUCCAUGAUGUAUGAAGACCGCAGGAGCACGGCGCUCUACUUUGCCGUCUUCAACAACAACAUUGAAGCCGCCAGGAUGCUGCUGGAGGCCGGCGCCGACCCCAACCUGGACAUCUUCAACCCGCUGCUGGUGGCGGUGAGGCAGGGCUGCAUCGAGACCGUCACCCUGCUGGUGGAGCACGGCGCCAACGUCAACGCCUACAUCCCCACCUAUCCCGCCACCUUCCCGGCCACCAUGAUGUUCUGCAUGAAGUACCUGAGCAUGCUCAAGUACCUGCUGGACAACGGCUGCGACGCCCUGUCCUGCUUCACCUGCAGGUACGGCAGCGGCCCGCACCCACCCGUCAAAAGCAGCCGCUCGGGGAGGCAGGACCUGCGCUACACAGAGAGAGGCCUGAUAGAAUCCACCGGCGACAGCAUUCAGUUCUGUGACGUGAUCUCCACGCCCAGUAUCUGUCGGUGGGCGGGGCCAAUCAUCGACGUCCUGCUGGACUACGUUGGUCAUGUGAAGCUGUGCUCCAGGCUGCUGGAGCACCUGGAGAGCUACCCUGACUGGCACGACAUCAAGGACAAAGCAGCUCCGCCGCGGUCGCUGAUGCAGUUGUGCAGGCUGAAGAUCCACCAGCUGCUGGGAGUCCAGCGUCUCAAACAUCUGCACACCUUGCCGCUUCCUGGAGGCCUGAUCCGGUUCCUCCAACACAACGAAGGCUCUGUGGACUUGUGCUGA